UUUUGGUUGUAACCCCCUUUCUACUCCCGAGCCCCUGUCCUUUUGCCAGUCACCACGAAUAACGACCACUCUUAACCUCAACCGGGUGGCAACGCCGCUCGGUGUUAUAACACUCGUUGUGGCGCAGCCAACUUAACGCAAGGGAAUCUUCGACAGCUUCGACAGGAUGAUGAUGCAACGCACCCAGCUCUUGCUGCCCCUGGCCAUGGAGGCCACCAUGCUGGCCCAGCAGCAGCGUGGAAUGGCCACCCUGAAGAUGAUUUCCAUUCGCCUGAAGUCGGUGAAGAACAUUCAGAAAAUUACGCAAUCGAUGAAGAUGGUGUCCGCUGCCAAGUACGCUCGUGCGGAGCGAGACUUGAAGGCGGCGCGUCCUUAUGGCAUUGGCGCCCAGCAGUUCUUCGAGAAGACGGAAAUCCAGGCCGACGAGAAGGCCGAGCCCAAGAAGCUGCUCAUCGCGGUGACUUCGGAUCGUGGUCUCUGCGGAGCCGUCCACACUGGUGUGGCCCGUCUCAUUCGCGGAGAGCUGGCCCAGGAUGAGGCCAACACCAAGGUCUUCUGCGUGGGCGACAAGUCGCGUGCGAUCCUGUCCCGCCUGUACGGCAAGAACAUCCUGAUGGUGGCCAACGAGGUGGGUCGUCUGCCGCCCACUUUCCUGGACGCCUCGAAGAUUGCCAACGAGGUUAUGCAGACCGGUUACGAUUACACCGAGGGCAAGAUCGUGUACAACCGGUUCAAGUCGGUGGUGUCCUACCAGUGCUCCACCCUGCCCAUCUUCAGCGGAUCCACCGUGGAGAAGUCCGAGAAGCUGGCCGUUUACGACUCGCUCGACAGCGAUGUCGUCAAGAGCUACCUGGAGUUCUCUCUGGCCUCGCUCAUCUUCUACACCAUGAAGGAGGGCGCCUGCUCGGAGCAGUCCUCCCGUAUGACUGCCAUGGACAACGCGUCCAAGAACGCCGGUGAGAUGAUUGACAAGCUGACCCUCACCUUCAACCGCACCCGACAGGCUGUCAUCACUCGCGAGCUGAUUGAAAUCAUCUCCGGUGCCGCCGCCCUCACAUAAGCGAAUGCUACUACUGUGAGAUGAUCGAACGGCUCCAACGAUUCAUAAAGCUAAUUGCAUAUGGUGCCAGGCACCCGGAGCGACGCCUGGAGCCCUAGUAAUGUUACACUUUCAAAAAACCCCAGAAUAAAUAGCGUGGAACGAACGAAAAUAACUCUAA